UCUUCUUUACGUGCCAAGUUUAUUAUUUUCAUUGGGCAUCUCACUUGUCCUUUUAAAUACGUAGUCUCACACGUCUUCUCACUGCAUUAUCAUCAUCAUCUUUCAUCUUCAUGCUCUUCUUCUUAUUGAAGAGCUCCAUUGAUAGAACGUUUUUCAAUUUGUCUCUUGUUCUUCUGAUUCAUUCACUAUUGUAUUGAUAUAAUCACUUACAUACGGUGCAUGUAUUUUCAUUUCAACAUGGAGUUUGAGCAAUCCAUGUCCAUGUUGAGGGACUUCAUUACUGCUCAAAGAAAGAUUAGCAACUCAAAGCUUAAGCAGAGCCAUAGCCAAAAUUGUGAUAGUAGCAGCAGAAGCUCACCUAGAUCAAGUAGUUCACAAGCACAGGAUCAUCUGGAUGAUGAAGAUGUUGCAGUUGCUAGAUUAGAAUCAUUUGAAAUGCCCAUGAGUGAUGAUUCUUCAGAGAAGAAACUGUCAUGGCUACGUUCUCAAAUUAUCGGAGGCGAUCUAGAAUUUGAGUCCCCCUUCGGAAAGCGUAGGCUCACUUAUGCGGAUCACACAGCCUCUGGCCGGUGCCUUCACUACAUAGAAAAUUAUAUCAUCAACAAUGUUCUUCCCUUCUACGGUAAUAGUCACAGCAGUGACAGUUACGUGGGCGAACGGACAACGAAAAUGGUGCUUGAAGCAAGUCAAUAUGUGAAGAGAUGCCUGGGCGGCAGAGAAGAUGAUGCACUAAUAUUUUGUGGAUGGGGCACAACAGCAGCUAUCAAAAGGCUUCAAGAAGUGAUGGGAAUUGCUAUUCCAUCAACAAUGAGAGAUAGGGUACUAAAGUGCCUCCAAAUUAGCAGCAGUGAAGAAAGAUGGGUGGUUUUUGUUGGACCCUAUGAGCACCACUCGAACAUUCUCUCAUGGCGGCAAAGCCUAGCCGAGGUGGUGGAGAUUGGUUUAGAUGAGGACAAUGGCCAAAUAGACAUGGAAGCUCUAAGGCUCCAACUUACCUUCUAUCAAUCCACAAACAGGCCAAUGUUGGGUUCUUUCUCAGCUUGCAGUAAUGUCACAGGAACUUGCACCGACACCAGAGCUCUAGCCCGUCUGCUUCACCAAUUUGGCGCCUUUGCAUGCUUUGACUUCGCAGCUAGUGGUCCUUAUGUGGAGAUUGACAUGAGGUCAGGGGAGAUUGAUGGGUACGAUGGCGUUUUCCUUAGCCCUCAUAAGUUUGUUGGGGGCCCAGGUUCCCCAGGCAUCCUUCUAAUGAGCAACCAACUCUAUCAGCUCAGAACUUCUCCUCCAUCAACCUGUGGAGGUGGCACUGUCAAUUAUGUCAAUGGCUUCAAUGACAAGGACACAUUAUAUGUAAACGACAUAGAAGAAAGGGAAGACGCUGGAACUCCGCCAAUCAUCGGGAAAAUCAGAGCAGCAUUGGCAUUUUGGGUGAAAGAGUACAUUGGUUACCAAGUGAUAGAAAAACAAGAGCAUGACUACAUAGAAAGAGCACUAGAGAGGCUUGUACCAAAUCACAACAUAUGUAUCUUGGGCAAUACAACCGCCAAGCGACAAGCUAUCCUGUCUUUCCUUAUUUACUCCACCGUCUAUUCUUCUUCUGCAUCAUCGGAAAAUGUCAUACAAACUGACAAUAUCAAUGGAAAAGAGAUAAGCGGAAGCAAUAAAGGACUUUACAUGUGGAGAGAGAUCGGUAACAAAAGGGAUAAGCCCUUCCAUGGGCCUUUUGUUGCGAAGCUUCUCAAUGACCUGUUCGGCAUCCAGGCUCGUGGUGGAUGUGCUUGUGCUGGACCUUAUGGCCACAUUUUGCUAAAUGUUGACCAGCCUCACUCGCUUGCCUUCAGAUCCGCUAUUCAAACGGGUUACAGUGGAGUGAAGCCUGGUUGGACAAGAAUCAGCUUCCCUUACUACAUGUCGAACGAAGAAUUCGAGUUCAUUUUAGCCGCGUUGGAAUUCAUAGCUAUUUAUGGCCAGAGGUUCCUUCCAUUGUACCACUUCAAUUGGAAAACUGGGGCCUGGACCUUCAAGGAAAUGGCACUGAGGGAGAUUUUGCAAGGAGAGGAGCCAAACUGCAAUUUCUGUGGUUCUUCAAUGGCAAUGGCAACCCGUGGUGGUGGUGUGACCAUGCAGGGACUGAACCUCGGUUGUCAUGAAUCAAAUGAGCACCAUGAUGGAGAUGUAAAUGAUCACGUCGGGGUGAUUGGCAAGUAUGCAUCCUAUUUGGCAACUGCCAAGAGCAUAGCCAGCCUGCUCCCAAAAUUCCCGCCUCAACGCAAAAUUCCAGAGGCCAUAGACCUUGAGCUCAUACCCUUUAGGGUCUAGCUUCAGCUUCAUACUCCCAAUGGAUUUUUUCACUCACUAUACUACAUUUUAUUUGUUCUUUUUCCUAAUAUAUGUGCUUUCUC